UUUUGACCACACGAUCAUAAUAACUUCAAACUACGAAAAAGACGCAGAAAGGUUAGCCGAUCGUAUCACUGUUUUAGAAAAUGGCGAAGUCGUCGCUCACGGUACACCCAAGUCGUUGAGAAAAAACAUCGUGUACCGUAGGUAUACGUUAUGAAAUCGCAGUCGCUGGAAAAAAUACAGAUUUCGCAGCUGUUACCGAAACAAUGCGACGGAAUGUACAGGUCCCAGCCCAACAAGAAGCAACUGCUGAAAUCAUCUACGAAGUUCCCAUAAGCGAGGCGUCUAAAUUCGUUAAUUUAUUCAGAAAUCUUGAAAACGACGAUUUGAAAAUAUCCGAAAUAAACGUAACGUCGAAUUCGAUUGAGCAUGCUUUGAUGAAGUUGAGAAAUUCGUCGACGAAUCAUUCGUUUAAAUCACCGAAUACUUUGGAAAUUCUCGUAUCUGGGCACGAUUCAUCUCAUCAUGUUCCAGCGAAUGAUUUUUUGAUGAAAUUGCGACAAAUCAAGAUUUUGUUUCAGAAGAGGGUGCACUAUGUGAUGAGAGAUCGCAAGAAUAUACUCUGCAGAAUUAUUUUACCUACUUUCAUCGCUUUAUUAUUCUUAGUCAUAGUGGAACAUCUCAACGUUGAUCCCUUCGUUCCGAUGAAGAUGUCACCUAGCACCUAUAUUAAUCCUUCCAUCAUGCUCUCACCUAUCAGUUGGAGUCAUCAAAUGAAUGAAUUUGUCGCAAACUACAUGAAUUCUGAACACGUUUCUUUUCUCGUGUCUGCAGAAAAUUCUAAAAUGAUUGAAAAUUUGGUUGAUUUUGGAAGAAAAGACGUGAUGCGUUUUCGUAGAGAAUUGAUCGCAGCUUUUGAAUUCGGAGCGAAUAAAUCGCACCACAUUUGGUAUAACUUGUGGGUUCUGCAUUCUCUUCCAAUAGCUAUCACGACGUACUCCAAUAUCCUGCUCAGGCAUAUAACUAAGGACGAAUCUUUGGAAAUUAUCACAUUUAAUCAUCCGAUUGCGGUGGCCAAUAUUGAAUGCCGAACUAACGAGUUGUGGAGUCAUGUAUUUAUAGUGUUGAUGAUUUUAUUCAUAAUGUUCGGGUACUUCACGAUCGAGAUCGUCUUAUACUUGUUUGAAUUAUCCAGUAAGGAAAUAGCCAAUGGCUUGAUGCAUCUGCAAAUUAUGUCCGGUGUGCCUCCAUGGAUUUAUUGGUUUGCGACGAUCGUAUUCGAUUUAUUGUUUUUCAUCAUCGUUGUAGUCGUUAGAAUUGCGUUGUUCACGUUGCUCGACAAUUAUCACAAGUUUUUUACGUACGAUUUUAAUUUUGGCGUGUUUUCACUAUUGGUAUUUAUUUUUGGAACCACCGGAUUGAUGUACGCUUACAUAAUCAGUUUUUUGUAUAAACCAACGAAUAGAACAUACGCUCAUUUGUUCGAAUUCAAUUUCCUGUGUCACCUGAUUGUUGCCAUGUCGUACUUAUUAUUUCCUUCUCCCGGAGACAUAGAAGAAACCCAAAGAAGAUAUUCCCUACUGACGUACGUAUUCAUGUGGUUCCCUUUCUUGAACUUUCCCUGGGCUGUGGCCCGGUAUUUGAAGCAAUGGUUGAAGAACAACGAAUGUUCGCUGACUUGCUCAUCUCGAUUGAAAUCCUGGUGCGGAACAGUUCAUACAGCAUCCAAAUCAGCGUUAGAAUUUUCCACUUAUGAAAAUCCGAAUGGAAUAUUGCUCGAGUUGACGUUCCUCGCGAUCAGCUUGAUCAUUAGCGCUGUGAUAUUUAUUCUGAUGAAUUUCGGUUUCGUUGAUUUGGUUCAUAAUUAUUUCAAGAGUAAAGAACCUCCUUAUAGAAAUUACGACGAGGAUGUGAAACACGAACGUAUCGAGAUCCAUCACAUCAAAGAAGAGUCGAGACAUUUUCAAAUACCGUUGCUGGUAGAUGGAUUGAGCAAAAACUACAUCAAACGAUUGAAACCGAUCACUUGUGUCGAAGAUGUGAGUUUCAUGGCCAAUCAUGGAACGUGUUUUGGUAUUCUCAGAGGAUACGAAGCUGGUAAAACCACCGUAUUUGACAUGAUGACAGCGAAAACAAUCCCUACCAGAGGAAAUGUUUCAGUUGAAGGAGUUGAAAUGAGAACAAACAAACGAGAGUAUUUCUCGAAGAUCGGGUAUUGCCCACGAAUGUCUCCUGUAUUGGAUAAAUUCACUGGAAAAGAAAUGUUAUUAUUGAUUGCUUCGCUGAACGGAAGCAGAAGUGAUCCCGAAAAUUUAGUCAGCGAGUGGAUAUCUGCCUCCGGAUUGGACGAACUUCAACAUGUGAAAUGCGAAGAUUACACCGAUGGAAGCAAACGUUUAUUGAGUACGGUUCUCGCGUUGUUAGGGCAUCCCAAAGUAGUCUUUUUAGAUGAACCUACCAGUGAAAUCGAUUCCCAAACGAGACGUCAUUUGUACGAUAUUAUCGAACAAGUCAAAUAUUCACAUAGAACAGUGGUUUUUGGGUCGACGAGUGCGAUAGAAUGUUAUUUAUUAUGCGAUCGAUUGACGAUAUUGAAAAAUGGCGCCAUGCAUUGUCUCGGACAUCCUCACGAUUUGAGGAAACAUUACGAUCUGGGAUUUUUCAUCGUGAUCAAGGUUCAAUCUGAUAUCAUGUCUAUGAGAGAAGUUCGUUAUUUAGAAGAUCACAUGAUUCGAGUGUUCGGUUCAAAAGCUGCUCAUCUCAUAGAACAUUACAGAGGAUUAUUGCAUUAUCAAAUCGCCGAUACCAAGUUGAGGGUAUCUGUAAUAUUUAAAAGAAUGGAAGAAAUUAAGGAAAGUAAUUCGAUAAUUGAAGAAUAUUUUGUCAGAACUACAACUUUAGAAGAUAUCUUUGACUUUUUUUCGCAUUGAACAAGUUCUAUUGAUUUUCAAGAGCCUGAUUUUAAUACCUAUAGAAGCUGAGAAGAGAAGUUGCAAUCUCAGCAUCGCUAGUUGAGAACAGGAUUCUGUAAAACCUACGAGAAAAAUGGACAAGAGUUGAUAAAAACGUAUAAUUUGUUGCUUGUUAAUUUUCCAAAAACGAUAAUUUUUAGGAAAUAAAUUCAUUUCGAGUUUUGUUCCGCUUAUCACA